CGUGCGCACAUACACGUACAUAUACCUCGAAGGUACAGAGUCGAUUCUCUCUAUCGAUCAAACAAAACUCGUAGCUGUGACGUUAACAACCGUCACGCUCUUGUUUUCAGUUUAGAUUAUAUUCGUGUCAAACUCGACUCGGAGAUUCACGCGUUUUCCGAAAAAAAAAAAAGAAAAAAACCAUUCGAUCGGAAGACUGAUCAUGAGCACGUUCGAAUUAUCUGACGCGGAUAACGUUCUAGAUGACUCGCGCGAUCUCGCCGUCGGUUCUUCUCUAGCGGAAGAUAAGAAUCGAACGUCCACUAUGGUUACCUGCAAACAUGUCGUGUCCGCACAUGAGAUCGUCAAGGAUCGUCCGGCGGUGCUCGAGAUUGCAGACUCUAUCACGGCGGAUCUCGUCGGGAAUACGCAAUUUGAAGUGGAAAAAAGUGAAAAUUUAUGCGGAAGUGAGACAAUUGAAGCAACAAACAGCACCAAUGAAGACGACCCACCGCAAGUUCCUUUAAAUUACGAUCGGUUGUUCGAUACGAGCCACGCGGAUCUGUCUUACUUUAAUUCGAGAAUAAAUACGAGCGACGUAUGUCACGAUUUCGAGCACGCCGACGGGAAAAUUCGAGAGAAAGAUGGUAACGAUAGCGAGAAAACGAUUCAAGAGAAGUUUCCUGUAAUGGACGAUAAAUGCGCGAAUUUUUUUGCCGGUUUAGAAUUGUCAGAAAAUCUCGACUUAACGUCGUGCGAAAAUCUGUGUCGCGUCAACAAUCAUCAAGAUGAAAAAUCCAUCGAUUCAGGAAUUUCCGUGAAUAGCGUAAGAGACAAUCACAGCAAGACUGUACAGCAAAUCACCGACAGUUACGUCGAUUUGCUAAGUGAGAUUGAAAAUAAUGGCGUCGCAUGCGCAUCGUACGUCAAGCGCGUGAAAAAAGACAGAGAAGAGAUUAGAGAAGAAACAAAGUUCGAAGAAAAUGUCGGUUUAACUGUAAGCAAUAUCGAACAUUCUCCACAAGAAGGAUUAGAUAUAAACAAUAUGGCCGCUUCGACGAUAGACUGCGGUAAUUAUUAUAUAAACAAUGACGAAAAUUAUCUCAAAGACGAUAUUGAUCUCUUGAAAUGCACAGAAGAAAGUGUGAAAUAUCCGUUCAGUGUCGCAAGCGCCGAAGAAGAAUACGGUAUAGAAGAAUCGAUUACAGAAAUAAAAGAGAUGAACAAGAUAAUCUCGAAUCUGUUGUGCACGGAUGAUGACAAGGACCAACGCGACUCGGUCGAAGAGCGAAUGGCGAACGCCUUGUCUUCAAACGCGGAGAACGACGAUGUAAUGAGAAAAAUCAUCGUGGACAACUGUUCUGACAUUUCCGUUCGACAAUAUUCACCGAUCUGCGAAAAUGCAAACGUGGAUCUCAGAAGAUCGAGUAGCGAUCACGUGAUCAAGAAAAAAGGAGGCAAAUUUUGUCCGCGUCGUCGCGUUGCUUCCGACACUUCCAUCGCCAAGGAAGAUAUUUUAAAAACCAUCGAGGAGGCGGAGAAAAUACUGACCAACAACCCGUACGCUUUCACGAGCCAAGCAACGGAGAAUUGUAAUGACGAUCGGUUGGUGGACAAAUCUGCGAAAGAGACGACAAAUGACGAUGAACGCGGAACAAAAACUGAAGAGGCGAAUUAUUUUAUUGAGAAUAAAAACGCUGCGAUUUUGGAAAAUGAGAGGAUUGAAACGAUUACCGCGUCGUCGGAGCCCGACAUUGUCGAGAGCAAUUUGCAGAAAUUAGCCGAGAUCACGUGUUACAAUCGACCGAGAUCGCACGCCGAGAUCUACGAGACCCUGAAGAAGAUAGCCGAGGAGAAGAGAAAAAUAGAAGAUCGAAAGAACGAGUCGCUGGAAGGUCUGUCGAAAAAAUUCGAAGAAAUCGACAAGCUCGUCGCCGAUCGCACCGACAAUUCUCGCGCGUCCGACGAUCCGUGCGGAUUGAUGUUUUCGGACAACGUCGAUUCCGACAGUCUCGAUGAGUUUCAGAUUGAUCCUGAAAAUCUUGAACUUCCUCUGACGAAGUCCGAGAUAACCGAGAAUUUGAAAAUCGAGGAAUUAGAAAAAGAGCUCGCGAAUGAGAUAAAAGAGCACAACAAGCUGAUGGACGAAUACGAGAAAAUUCUUACCACGGAGCUAGAAGAGCUUCAGGAAGAGACUUUGAAGAAAGAAUCAGUGCGAGACAAUGAAGACAAAGAUGUCGAUGAAGAAUGCGAAGAUAAAUCCGAGAUUGACAGAAAAAUGAAUGAACAACUUCCGAAUGAAACGUCCGAAGUGACGACUGAUGUGACGGCAACUGAUAUCGAUUCGGAAUCAGACGAUUCUGUUUUCGAGGAGUUAAAGAAACCAGAAAGAACGUACAUCACGGGAAAGAUUUACGAUUUCGAUGAAAAAAGGCAUGGUGUUAGAAUGACAGAGGAACUGAUCAGGAAGCAUUGCAAGGAGAAGAGUCUUUAUCUCACUCCGUAUCUGAACGACGUUCUGUACUUGCACUAUAAAGGAUUUUCCUUCAUCGAGAAUCUCGAAAAAUACACGGGUCUGAAGUGCUUGUGGCUGGAGAGCAACGGUAUUCGCGAGAUCGCCAACUUGGAAAACCAGAGCGAACUCAAGUGUCUUUAUCUUCACCACAACCUCAUCGACAAGAUCGAGAAUCUCGACUACCAGACGAAGCUCGACACUCUUAAUCUCUCGCACAACACGAUACGCAAGAUCGAGAAUCUCGACGGCCUCAAGUUCCUGACCAACUUGAACCUGUCGCACAACUAUCUACAAGAAACCGCUGACAUCGAGCAUCUCCGUCUGCUCCACGCGAUCUCGAUCUUGGACAUCUCUCACAACAGGAUCGACACCUGCGACGUCGUUGACAUUCUGGGAGACAUGAAAUCGCUGCGGGUUCUGUGUCUAACCGGCAAUCCGGUGCUGAAGGUGAUAAAGAUGUAUCGCAAGACCAUGAUUCUGAAGUGCAAGGAUCUCCAGUACCUGGACGAUCGGCCGGUGUUUCCGCGCGAUCGCGCCUGCGCCGAGGCCUGGUAA